CCCAUGGCACUUAGAUGGAUGAGGGAUUGUGGAAGGCUUUUUACACACUCAGAUACUGAGUGGUCUCCACAUGCUGCGGCAAGAACAAAGAGGCCACACUGACUCCUCCAUCUGUGCAAAGGGUAUAGCUGAAGAACGUCAGGGCAGGAAUCUGGAGACAUCCAAAACCUAUUCAGCCGGAUUGGAAGAAAGCUAGAUUUGCUUCACAUCUGAUUUUGCUGGGCUAUUAAUGAAGGAAAUUUGCAUCUUCUGGGCCUUGUGCUCCCUGGUGGGGGAUUUGCUGGCAGAGAGAUCUCCACUCAUUCAACAAGUCACUUUUCAGUCCAUAAACUUUGAAAACAUUCUCACGUGGGAGCAUGGGAAAGAGACAUCCCCCAGCACCAUCUAUGAUGUGCAGUACAAAACGUAUGGGGCCACAUGGCAAAACAAAAGUGAGUGCCAGAACAUCACACAGCUUUUCUGCAAUCUCACACGAGAGACUGAAAACUACACUGAACGCUACUAUGCCAGAGUGAGAGCCAUUGUCCCUAACUGCUGUGUCUCAAAUUGGAUCGUAACUCCGAGGUUCUAUCCCAAGGAAGACACUGUUGUUGGGGAUCCUGAAGUGAAAUACAUCCCCAGUAUUCGAUCGAUAAAGUUUAUUAUACAGCCUCCCUACACUCCUCUGAGAGGUGAGGCUAAUCGGACCUUGACUGUGGAAGACAUUUUCCGUGGACAUGAUGUCAUCCGAUAUCAGAUAAUAAUAUUUUGCCAAAAGACACUACAAAAGUGGAAGAAGACCGAGAAAAACAAAGAAUUUGAAAUCUCUGAGUUGGACCCUGACACUGAAUACAAUGGCACAAUACACAUAAAAUAUUUAGAAAAAAUCAGCAAGCCCCAUUUGUUUCGGGUGAGAACUUUACCAGACAAUCGUUGGCUGACAUACUUGUUUGGGGCAGUUGGAUUUAUGGUUUUAUUGACCUUUGGUAUGAUAUAUUACCUUAUAUACAAGUACAUUAAGGGAUAUACUACACAGCAACCCAUGUCUCUGGAUUUCAAGGACGUGUCACACGCCCAGCCUCUCACGCUAACUGUGGAGCAUAUCUUGGUGGCCCAUGAUUUAUCUAAGCCUUUCCAAAUUGAUCCAUUGAUGAAGCCGGAACAGAUUAACCAGCAUCUCCAAGAAGUACUAGAGCACCAAAUGGUAUUCGAUUUGCCAAACAGGGUUUAUCAGCAACAGGCCAAAGUGGCGUCAAUCCAGUGUGUUGCUGCUCCCAUAGGCCAAGCAGAUGAUGCAGGUACUGUCGGUUACGCUCCACAAGUGAUCCAGAAUAGCACACCUCACACACUUGACAACAAGCGCUCAAAUUUAACAUAUGGUGUAUGUGUCGAAGGCACCAGCCAUGCCAACAAGGCAAACUCUUCACCAAAUCAAAUGACAAAAUCUGAUUCUGUCAGUGAAGACUUAAUGGGCAGCGGGCGCACUAAAGUGAAGAAACAAAGACAAGACAAAAGAGGAUUGUGUGGAAACCUGGUUCAAAAGGAGCCAGUGCUGGAGCUGGAAAAAGCUGAUGAAACCCAACAGCUGCUGCUUCAGGAAGAUGCCCAGGGCAGGCCACAGCGAUUCCCUUCCCUUCUGCAAGAGAGAGUGGCUGCCAUUUUAGGGGAAAGGACAGGAAGUUACAAGCAGCAACCUGUAGAAUUGUUGCCAUCUGCUCUGCCAGUCAGCCAAAUGGCCACCUCAGAAGGCGAGUCUCCAUUACCCAUUCCUCAUUCCUCAUUUCCACUUUGUGCCAGCAACAACUUCUCACAAGAUCCCAGCCUCUUGGGGCAAUGGGCAGCCUGGGAUUCAUUAGUCUGGACUAAUAGCGAGUGGACCCCUUCAAGAUUACAACUGGCAGACUGCUUCAGUCGAGCCAAUGAGGACUUGAAAAGUGAGCCCGAACCCCACAGCACUACCCCUGGAUCUUCAGACUCGUCUCAAGAUAACAUGCUCCUCCCAGGCCUGUUCAGAGACUUGGAGCUGAAAUUACAGUGGGACCAUGGACUGGAUGAAAAUGCAGCCAUAUGUUAGCAAUUCACCCAACAACUGUGGUGGGGCGGGGGAUUUAACAUAAUAGCUGAAGGGAACCAGCACAGAGACACAUCCCCUUCCAAAACAGUGUUGAAGAGCAAUGUCGUUUUCUAUGAGGCCAUCAAUUGCCCUGAACCCUUUUUUAAAUAAAUUGUACUUUCACAUAUCACAAAUAUGGGGGGUAAGGCUGGUUUGCAGCUACUGGACUGGGAGAUGCUUCAGCAGAUUCUUAUGCUAAUGGGAGAGCCACAGAGUCAGGUGGGGAAAACUGUGGCAAGGUCAAAAGCUGUAAGACCAGGGCAGGGGGUAGAGUGGCUCCUGCAGGCUGGCCUACUCGUCUUGUGGUGUGACGCAGUGUAGUGAUCAGAGUGUUGAACUAGGAACU